GUAUUAUUAUUAUUAUUUUUUUUUUUCUGCACUGGAAGAGACAGAGAGAGAAAGAGAGAAAAGGGGUUUUUGUUUGUUGUUUGGCUGAUCGGAAAAUAUUUUCCAGCCGCAAAAAACGAGUGUUUUUCUCUUUCGUGAAAAAAGAGAAAGUUAAAGAAAGAUUUUUUUUUAAAAUUUCUAAUUUUCUUUUCUGUCAGAAAGAGAAAGAUAUUAGAGAGAGAAAGAGAGAGAUGGGGAGUGAGAGCAAGAAUGGUGUUGGGGUGUUGCAGUUGCCGCAGGGGACGAAGAAGGUAAUACAGAACCUGAAAGAGAUUGUGAACUGCUCCGAGUCUGAGAUCUAUGCCGCGCUUAAAGAAUGUAACAUGGACCCUAACGAAGCCGUUCAGCGACUUCUCUCUCUAGAUUCUUUUCAUGAAGUGAAGAGCAAACGUGAAAGAAGAAAAGAGAUGAAGGAGACACAAGAAACAAGGUUUCGAGUUAAUGGUAGUGGAUCGACACGUGUACUUAGAAGUUCUAGUGAACGUAAUGUUGGUCGGAGUGGAUCAACUCAAGCUAAUUACAAUGAGUUUGGAAAUGUUGCAUACAAGGGAGAGAAUGGGUUAGUAGCUCCACCACCUUAUCCAUCUACCCAUGUUACUGGAAAAACUUUGAACCAGCAACCUUCUUCUCACAGUGAUUCUUUAAAUACUGAUGGUAGACGGCAGGCAAUAAGUACAGGUGAUUUUGUCUCUGCAUCUGUGCAACAUUCUUCAGGAUGUCAACCUGCUUGGUUGGGCAUGAGUACAGGACAUCUUUCAAUGGCUGAUAUUGUCAGGAUGGGUAGGCCGCUGUACAAUAAGGGCUCACAUAGUUCAUCUGAGACAUCAUAUGUGCAUGAGGAUGGAGUUGCACCAAAUUCAUGCCAUUACUAUGCUAAGCCCUCCCAAGUUCCUGCACCUUUUCAGCCAGAAUUGCACCUUGAUUUGGACUCUCAAAACCCUUCUAAUGUGCCGGAAAUGAUUUGUCAGUCAGGUGUUACUGCUUAUCAGAAUGCUUCUGUUGAUGAAUGGCCCGUGGUUGAGCAGCUGACUGCUGCUCAUGGAUCUUCAGCUGUUGAAGCAUCUGCAGCCUCAGCCUCAGGGAUGUAUUCUAAUGAGUCGAACAUUUAUGGUAAUGGAUCUCACUUGUCUUGGAACCACCAGUCAGAUGAUGGCCAAGUUUCAGAGGGUGAUUAUACUAGGAAAAAGCUUGGUUCAGAUUGCAUUAACUCUGUUUCUGCAUCUUCCUCUAGUGAACAUAAGUUUGUUGGUCAUGCUGCAGAAGCAUCUCAUUGUGAUGAGGACUUGGUUAAGGAUUCAAGUUCCUCUGAUUCACAUGUGCCCACAUACAAAUGUGAGGAAGCUUCAGGAUCAGGUUCUGGUUCAAAUGUGUCGAAGAAGAAUAAUUCUGUGUGCUCCACUGAGAAUGUUAUCGUAGAUGUGUCGUCUGCUGCAGAAAACUUGCAGAACCUGAGUUUAGGGAAGGGUGAACUAGAUGACAACUUUAGUGUAGUUCUUCCAGAUCAUCUCCAAGCAUUGGCAGCUGAUUGCUCACAUUUGAGUUUUGGUACAUACAAAUCCAGAGUUAGUUCUGCAUUAACCAGGUCACUACCAUCUAAUCAAUUUGAAGAUGACUUUGAAGGAGCAUCGACAGCGAUGGAUGGUUUAACACGGGGGCACCUGAACACAAGGCACAGGAAUUUGGGAUACAAUGGUGAUGGGACCAUUGCAUCCUUGUAUGAAAGUCAUAGAGCGCCAGCAGAUGCUGGAAAUCUUGAUUUAUCUGCGCCUUUGCAGCCAGAGUUGAUGAAACGGGAUAUCCCUGAAGCAACCCUUGGACACGAAUACAUCAAAUCAUCACUAAAUGAUUCUCAAUUUGGGAAUGUUGAACAAGCAAGUUCUGGGUUGUCUUUUGCAAGGACGGAAAUGAAAACUGGAAAUUUUCCUUUCCAAGCUGAACCUCCAUACUCAGAUUCUGUGUCAAGUGAUUUGCUGGUUCCAACUAUUCAGUCAUUAAGAGUAUCUGAUAAUCUCCACUCGCAGUUCCCAGUAACACAAUCUAUGCCCUCUAGAUACAACAAUGCCCUAUCACCCAGAAGCAGUUCAACUAUCUCUUUAUCAGAGGUUUUGAAAUCAGGUACCUUAUCUUUAUCUGAGCCAUCCUCUGUACUCCCACAGCACCGAACAAAUCAAUCAUACUCUCAAUCUAGUCUUCCCUUGGAACAACGAGCUAAUAUUAUUGGCUGCCCUGCCCCAUCUCAGAGCUACAUGCAUUUGCCAUCAACUUUCCAGCAAGCAUAUCCAGGUGGUAUGGAGUUGUAUCAGUCACUGGAUGACAUGAAGUACAACCUUUCACAGUAUAAUAAGAGUGGAGCCUCUAUGGGCAGAUUGCCAUCUGCUAGUGCUGGUUAUGGAAGUUUUGUAAAUUCUACCAAUUUACCUGGAAGUUAUUUGAACAGUCCAGCUGCUGCUUCUAUUAUCACUAAAGGUGGCUAUAAUGAUGUCUUGCACCCUCAGUACAAAGAUGGAAGCCAUUUCACCUCUCUUCAACAGAAUAUUAGCUCUUCUACAUGGAAUGCUGGUUUGAGAACACAGAUGCCUGUUUCAGAGAGUGCAUAUUACAGCUUACUUGGACAGAAUCAGCAACAUGCUGGACAUCAACAGGUCCAUCAGUCUGGACUGCAUUAUGGUUCUUUAGGAUACUCCGACCUCUAUCAUUCGCAAACAGGGAUUACUCAUGGACGACAGCAGCAAAGCCUCAGUGAUUUGACAUUAGGCCAUUCUGAGGACUUGUCGGCUCAGCAGUUGCACCAAUUUUGGCAGCAAACCUACUAACCCAGUUUCUUUAGUUUCGUUAGAUUCUAUUUUUGAAAUUGUCGUGGAUUUCUAGUGAGUUUGGCAGAGCCGAAGCAGUGGUGCAACGGAUCAUAUUUUGUCAUGUGUUUUUGGGUGCCUGGCUCUGUCCAAUUGUACAUACUCAAAAAAGAGAAAACAGAAAAAAAAGGUUGUUUAUGCCAUCUGCCCGGUUGUUGUA